UCCAAUUCAUCUAAACACAUCUUGACGAGUUGGGUUGUGACACAAAAAACAUGUCUUCAUCAAGAGUCCCUCAUGUGGUGCUUCUUCAAUCCUCUUCCAACAAUUGUAACAUGCCAGUGAUUGGACUUGGCACUGCUUCAUCAUCUUCCACGGACACUAGAGUGGCAAUAUUAGAGGCUAUCAAAAUUGGUUAUAAACACUUUGAUACUGCUUCAAUAUAUGGUUCGGAGCAGCCCCUUGGAGAAGCCAUAGCUGAAGCACUUCAACUUGGUAUCAUAAAAUCUAGAGAUGAACUCUUCAUCACUUCCAAGCUUUGGUGCACUGAGAAUUUUCCUCAUCUUGUUCUUCCUGCCCUCCAGAAAACACUUGAGUCUCUAAAGUUGGAAUAUUUGGAUCUUUAUUUGAUCCACUGGCCCAUUGCUGUGAAGUCUGGAAAUUGGAAAAUUCCUUUUCCUGAAGAAGCCCUAACAUCAUUUGACUUAAAGGGUGUCUGGAAAGCAAUGGAGGAAUGUCAGAAGUUAGGCCUUACAAAAUGUAUUGGAGUUAGCAAUUUUAGUUGCAAAAAACUUGAAGAUUUGCUCUCUUUUGCUUCUAUUCCUCCCUCAGUCAAUCAAGUAGAGAUGAAUCUUACUUGGCAACAAAAGAAGUUGAGAGCAUAUUGUCAAGAAAAAGGUAUAAUCGUAACUGCAUACUCUCCUUUGGGAGCACCGGGGUCUAUGUGGGGUUCCAAUAACGUUGUAGACAAUGAAUUGCUCAAGGAAAUUGCAGAGGCUCAUGGAAAAUCUUUUGCUCAGGUAUCUCUUCGAUGGUUGUAUGAGAUAGGAGUUACUUUUGCAGUUAAGAGCUACAACAAGGAGAGAAUGAAGCAAAAUUUGGAGAUAUUUGAUUGGUCACUUACCAAAGAUGACUAUGAAAAGAUUUUUGCCAAUCAAUCACAGGAACAACACAAGGUUUUUGCCAAUCAAUCAAUCAGAAGAAACCACCACGGUAGAUGCCUAGAGAGGCAUCACAAUACUCAUACGGCAGGGAAAACAUCAAAAUCCCUACCAUCCAUCCAUUCCCUAGUGAAAAUGCUUGGAUAGGCAUCAUAAUACUCACGUGGCAGGAACAACACCAAAGUCCUUGCCAUCCCUCCAUCCCCAAUAAAGACGGUUGGAGAGGUAUAACAAUACUUACACAAGUAGAGGCAUCACCAACACCCUGCUAAUUUCAGCCUAAAACAAGGGCACGCCAAGAAUCCCUUGCCCAUCAUCCCCAAGGGCACUCUACAAAUAACUCCAAUUUGAGGACGCCAUCGAGUUCCUCAAAGAAAAGAAAAAAACCAAGAUCACCAGAGCACAAUCCUACAAAAGAUUCCUGCGUCCACCAUCACAAAGGAUGUGGUCAUCUAUACACCUCAAGCCUGGAGAGGCUAGCAAAGAAUACUCAUUAAAGAUCGAAAAAGGUUGGCUAGACCCUAAAAACCAGUACAACUUGGAGAGGUUGUGCCAAGGAACACUCACAUCCCUCAAAGGGGAAGUUUAGAGAGACAGUACUCAUCACGACUCGGAAAAGGUUGGCUAGACCCUCAAAACCAGUAUAGCUUGGAGAGGCUAUGCCAAGGAACACUAAAAGGACGAUUGAAGCCUUAAAUAUCAGUCUAGCCUGGAGAGGCUAAGCUCAGAACAUACUCACUCCCCAAUAAAGCUUAAAUAGGACUUCAACCACACCAUCACAAGAAUAGCGAUAAAAAAAAUUGCAUGGAGCACUUACACAAAGCCAGCAGUUCAGGUGGUACAUUUUUCCAUCCUUGUUCUCUAAUGGAGCACGCAACCUAACAUCCAACUAUUGUAAGGAACAAGGAUACGGGCAAACCCAUCUUUCUAAAAGUAACAAUAUGGAAGCACUUGCAUAGAGGAUUAAAGAGAAGACCUAGAUGAAACAUCUACAUCUUUACUUACCUUUGGAAAGGAAACACAUAGCCACCCAAAGGAUAAGUAAAGAAGGGCAACUAUAGUCACCCAAUUUUGUUUAGGAUACCAAAACAAGACAAAAGACUACUAGAAUAGGAUAAACAAUCUUUGGAAGGCCCAACUUGACAUCAAAACAAGCAAGAAUAACAUCAAAAGGCCUAGAAGCUCAAAAAGAUAGAAUUAGGAGCCCGAAGUGGGCCGUUCCAGGUGAACAAAAAGGCCUAGAAACCCUAGGAGAAAAUGAUUGAUUCCAAAUCUAAAACAGGUCAAUUUGGACCAAAAAUUUGUAUGCGAAAAGGCAGUUGGUAAUGGCCCGUUUCGAAAUCAAAAUGACCCAUUCCCAAUUCAAAAAAUUGGUUUGAAACCCUAACUAGGAACGGCCCGUUCUGAAAAUGCAGACAAUGAAUUGCUCAAGGAAAUUGUAAAUGCUUAUGGAAAAUCUUUUGCUCAAGUAAUGGAUUUUUUACUUCAGCUUCCCUUUUGAACAAACGAUGAAACUUUUCAAUCUCAAUUAAUGAGUAUUUAAUUCA